UUAAGCGGCUGUUGGUUAUUUAAAACAGCCCAUAGCAGAGUAUUCCCUCCGUGUAUUUGUAUGUAAACGAUUCUAAUGGAUAGUGAGCCACCAUCCGGAGGACGUUUGGUCGAUUUAGUCGAUAACGAGUGGAUUGCAGACGAAUUGCCGUUCGACCACAUCCAAGUGCCUUGCGAUAAGCUUCCGGAUCCCGAGGCAGACAAUGGUGACUCACAUCUGACACUAAAAGAGCAAGAGCAGAAAUGGACUGAUCUAGCUCUUACUUCACUGGCCCCGGACCUAUCCGUUACCGAGCAAGUUAAUUUCCCUGGUGUUUAGUGCAGCUGUGAUUGUGCGGCGCACUAUUUAGCACUAUAUUUCUAUAUAAGUGUCCCAAAGAAGAAGAUAACAAAAAACAGUUAAUCAAAAAUCCAUUACGAUGAAUAGACAUCUACA